AAAACAUUCAUGAGGGCGUAUCCCGGGGGAGUUAUAUGCAUGGCGGAUUACAAAAUUGUUCUCCUAUAUGCUAUUUAGAUUAUAAUAUGUCGUUUAUGUAAAGAAGUAGACGAAAUAAGGAAGCUUUAUAUCAUGGCGUAUGUAUAGCGCUACAUAUAGUGUUUCGGUGUGGCGUCAUCGCGUAAGAGUAUUUUAAUAGUGUUAAAAUACAGACAGAAUCAAGUCCCGAUGACUAACCUAGGAAAAGGUAUAAAGAUUUCUUUUAGCUUAUAGUAAUUUAAGCAGUUGUUUCAGGUUGCAUUUUGUUAUAUUAUUUCUGUUCUGAAAUGAAUUUAUGCAGAGUUGUAGAUCAAAUGUAGUAGCACUUUUUCUUAUGCUUCAAUGGCGCUUAACAAAGUAUCGACAUAACGUAAAAGUUCUAUGUUUAAAGAACAUUGUACACACAUUUUGAUAAUAUGAUGUAAGUUUUGAUUAUUCUUAAUUCUUUCAAUCCAGAUUCCAAUUAUUAUAGAAAAUAAAACUUUCUUCCAGACUUAUAUCAAACAAGAUGAUAGAUAGGAUAGUAGUUUCCUUCAUGCGAACUUGGGUAUGUGGUUUACAAACUUCGUAAGAUCUUGGGACAUAGUAAUUUUCCAAAUGUAUUUGGUAAAAUUAUAAAACGUUUUAUUAAAAGAGGUUACGACCCAACUGUUUUGAGACAUACCGCAUGUUUAGUGUUCAACCCGUUUACAGUUGGACACUACGCUUCCCUCUUUGAUUGUAUCUGACGGAAGAGGGGGAGGACUCUAUGAUAAGCAGUUUUUAAAUCCUACCAGGACUGAACUGUUUUGAUAUCUGUCUUCUGGCCUGUUUCGUCGGGCCCUUAAGGGUGUUUCUCUUGUUGCUCUGUCUUCUGAAAAGGCAUUGAGUACAUACGUUUUUGGUUCUUAAGGUUUGCUUUUUAUAUAUUUAUACACGAGCAAUUUUGUGUUUUACAUGCCGUGCCUUUUUGUUUCCAUUACGUGUGUUAGAGAUUCACCUGGAGAGGAUUACUUUUAUUUACACUGUCCCGUGUCUUUGGAACAUGGUGGGGGUAAGAAUGAGGUUGGGUGCGCACCAUAAACCGGUUUAAGCUCCCCAGUGGUGUUUUUGCCACUGACCGUUCCAAGGCGGUGCCCCACUGUGUUCCUUUGUUUGUUCGUUUUGUCCUAAUGUGUUGACUUUGUGUGUGUAUGUGUGUGUGUGUUUGUGGUGUGCGCGUCUGCGUGCUGUGGGUUUCGUUUUGGGGAGGCUGCGUUUUUGGUACGUGGCAUUCCCUGUUUGAUAUUUGUCUUUGUGUUUUUCAUUGACAUUCAGAAAAGUUGCAUGUCAAUUUCAGAAUACCAUUACCUGCUGUAAUAUUAAAUAUUAUUUUUAUUUCAGGGAUCAAAUUCAAUUUCAUUCUGGUAGCAAUCAUAUUAUACGCUAUUUUAUUUCGUGAUAUCUUGAAAAAGUUCAGUUCAAAGGACUUUAAACUUUGCUCAGAGAUGUUCAACAAAACAUUGGAAGAUAACUUAAAAGUCAUACAAAACUACCCAUCUGGAGAUGCAAAUAAAUAUCUAAUGAUAUCCAGUAUGAACAAAUCUAGACAUCGGAUAAAACGCAAAAUACCUGUUUUUGUAACGGCAUUUGACUACACGCACUACAGAGAAUGUCAAGGCCUUUUUAAAUCUCUACAUGAACACUUCAUGUCAAAUCCCAAGUAUAGAAAAGAUAUGCUUACCAUUGUUUAUGAUCUUGGACUUACCCCAUCUCAAAUAAAAAUGGUACAAAGUAACUGCAAAUGUGAGAUUCGACGGUUUCCCUUCGAAGAUUAUCCGUCGCACGUGAACACACUGUCUACUUACGCCUUUAAGCCAAUCAUUGUAAAUCUCCUUUUAAUGGAAUUUGAUUUUGUAUGGUGGGUUGAUACUUCAGUACGCUUUAUAACAGAUGACAUCGAUUCAGUGGUAGAACAAGCUAUCUUACACAGUCUUCUUUAUAAAGUCUCGGCACACGAGCGAACCCUAACAAGAAACACAAUGAUGGAGACUUUUGAGUUUCUCAGAGAGAACAGUUGCAAAUUUAAACAAUUAAGAGAAGUAUUUGCUACCGCAUUGCUGUUUCAUGUAGAUCGUAUAUCACUCAUUGCUGUCCAAGCAUGGGUAAAAUGUGCAUUAAAUGAACGUUGUAUAGCACCAUAUGGAAGCCUAUUAAAACACAGAUGUGAUUUUUCAAAAGAUUACGAUGGACGUUGCCACAGAUUUGACCAGUCUGUAAUUGGCAUCAUAAUUAGAAGACUUUUUCGGGAACAAAAUGAUAAUUUUCUGCAAAGGGGUGUUUAUCAUGUUAAACGAUUUGACUAUGUUCCAUAUUUCAAAAAAGAUGUAGAAGCGUGGUUGAACGUUUAUUGAUAAGAAGGCUAAAGUGAAAUUUUGAACUAAUUACUUUCUACAGGCAGAAUUGUUCCUUAUUUUAUUUUGUUAGACAAUUGCAUUUGCCUGAAGUUCAGUGAAUAUUUAAUAAACUUGUAAAUGUUCCCUGAAAUCAUAUAAAGUGUUUAGUUACAACAUUCGCAUAAAGAAGUUAAUAGUACAAACACGUUUAGCAUGGUUUUCACGAGCGUUUAAAAGAAGAAGCUAUAUUUCUUGUUACGAAAUGAUAUACUAGUAUAAUCACUAAACAACACUUUUCCAAUGAAAGGUCUUUGUAAGAUAACAAUUUAUAGUUCGAUUUUUAAACAGUUUCCUCUGCCAUGAAACAAACUAUUUGUUCAACAGUAAAAUGGCUUAGUACAAAUGUGUUCGUCUUCAGAAAUUGAAUCAAAUUAGUGUUAAUUUGAAUGUUAAAACGUGUUAAAACGUGUCCAGUAGAUACUUAUCAUCCGUAUCUACUAGCUAUAAUGUGGCGGCCGGUGGUCAUUUACCUUUACAUUUAGAUAAUUCUAAGAGAACUAUUAAAAACACUGCACUUUACAACAAUAAUUUAAAAAGUACUGAUUUCACCAAUUAAAUCACCUAUUCUUAGGAAAUACAACAUAAAAACAUCUGCUACUGAGCACGUUAGAUUUCACUCAAUCUCUAAGUGCCAUUCUAAUAGGUACAUGUGCUGUCCUCAUCUUUAUACUAACUCGACAAUACGCGCUACUGUUAAUAACAGAAAUUUCAGUAUAAAUAUUCAUUCAAACAUUUCAUGAAAUUCCUCUGAUGUUAUCUAUAUUCUUCUAUGAAAUGCCCAUAAUUGUGGUAUACAGUAUGUCGGGCAAACGAAAAGACCUCUUAAAACCAGAUUUCAGGAACACUGUUACAAAAUUCGUAACAAUAAUAAAUUUCGAAACUUCUUAUAUAAUCAUUUUUGUAAAACUGGACAUUCGGUUAAAGAUGUUUCUGUUCAAGCUGUUGAACAAUUAAAGUAUGAUGUUAACAUGACUUCUAGCUUCAAGUCAAAACUCAGAAAUGUCUCUGAACUUAAAUGGAUUAAAUUUCUACAAAUACCCUUUCCAUUUGGUUUAAAUGAUAACAUUUAACAAAAGGGAAAUAGUUCGAAAGAUUCCGGAAUUGAUAUAUUCUCUAUCUAUUCCCCAAGAAGACGCAAUACUCGUUCUCAUGGUGUCCGACGAAAUGGGAAUAUCAAACGUAAACUUCGCAAAAGAAUGAGUGUUACAGGUUGCCAUUUGAUACUAAAACGUUCUGGUAGACAUGCUAUGCUAUCGUGUUUAACCUCUUUACGUGUUUUUUUGUUGAGGCAAAUUGAUCAAGAAGCUGAUAAUAUUUAUAUGCGUACACAUCCAUUUUACGACACUGCUUCAUUGAUACAAACUUAUACACAACAUUUUCUUAGACCUCAUAUUGAUUCUGAAUCCGAUCAUAAACGAAACUUUCUAAAACUAUCUUUCAUAAAUAAUGGAAUCGAGUUUAUUGAUUUACCUAGUAUUUUGAGAGACCAAUCUGUAGUUAACUCUGUUCCUAAGUAUUUCAAGAAUUCAGAAACACCUAUUAUCUGUUUCAAAUAUAAUAAACCAGUUAGAAACGUUAUAUUUAAUUACAAUCAAAUUGUCUGAUUUAGAUAUAGAACUUAAUGUUCCAAAUAGUAACUGUAAAGAAUCUAAAUACUGUUACCAACCAGCUGGUCAUAUCAUAACGGGUAAUUUUAAGAUUUUUAAUGAUAAAAGAAUCAGAAAUAUUUUUUCUAAAGGUCCAAAAUAUAGAAUUCUCUCGUACAUUAGCUUUGAAAAUGUCUCUCUGAAAUAACUAUUGAUGACUAUAUUAAAAAAUGGUGUCGGAAGGAAAAUGCAGAUCAGAACGCUCUCACUGAAUGGAAAAAGAAUAUAUUUAAAAUCAUUAAAACUCGAGUUAAAUUUUUUGAAUCAAAUCCUUCCUUAUUACCUCCUAAACCAAAGUUUUCACUUCGAAGUUUAAAGAACGCUUUAUCCAAGGUACAUACGAAUUUUGUUUUCACUCCUGCAGACAAAGCUUCUAAUAUUAUUAUUAUUAUAUGACGCAUUUAUUACUCGGAAGUAUUACAAAAUGAACUGAAACAUACAAAAACUUACCAAGUAUCACAACAAGAUGAGGAAACUAUUGCAAAAAUUCAUGCAAUUCAUUGUAUAAAUUUUAAUGCCGCACUUGACUGUCAAAUGAAGCUCCCUACUCUUUAUUGGAUCCCUAAACUUCACAAAACUCCAUAUAAAGCUCGAUUCAUUGCAAAUACAACCUUAUGCACUACAAAAAAUAAUUUCUGUACUUUUGACUUCCUGUCUUACUACAAUUCAAGACAACGUACAGAAAUAUUGCUCCAAGGUUUAUGAGAACUCGGGUGUUAAUCUGUUUUGGUCCAUCAAGAACUCUUGAGAUGUUAUUUAAAAAGCUAAAAAGCAAACUUUUCAAAUGUUCGAUGAUAAGUACUUAUGAUUUUUCUACUCUUUAUACUAAUUUACCACAUAAUCUUUUUAAAGACAAACUAGUAGCUUUAAUUGAGAAAACAUUUGCAAGAGAAAACGUUAAUUAUCUGGCUUGCAAUGAAAUUAGAGCAUUCUUUCUAACAGUGCAUUUAAGGGAUGCAAUCUAUGGAGUUGUGAUCAGGUUUGUGGAGCUCUAAAGUUUCUACUAGAUAAUAUAUUUAUCAAGCCUAUUGCUUUUGCUCUGGAAAUUGGAAGUAUAUAAUUUUUCUUCUGUCAGAACUAUGCAUUGAGUGAGUCUUUGGAGAGUAUAAGAUGGUAAUUGAAAUAAACUGAAUGAAACAGCUUUCAAGUCUCAAAGUUUUAUGUUAAAAGACUGCUGACUCUCCUCAACUGUGAAACUAGUUCCUACAGCUGGCUACUUGAA